AUGGCGUCGCUCCUAUCUGCAGGCGCCGCUAGCCUGGCCGCCGCCGCCGUCGGGACCCCUCCGCCGGGAGAGGUGCUGUCUGGCGUAUUUGGCAGCAUCAGCCUGACGGCCUGGAUAUGUCUACUUCUCCCGCAACUCAUCACCAACUACAAGGCCAAGAGCGCAGAUGGCCUCUCUAUGGCCUUUUUGUUCGUCUGGCUUCUCGGCGAUGUCACCAACCUGUUGGGUGCAUUGGCGACUGGGCUCGCGCCCACGGGCGUCGCCCUCGCGAUCUACUUUUGCUUCGCCGACCUGAUCCUGAUCGGCCAGUCCCUCUACUACAAUGCGCUCAACGCGCGCCGGGCCGCGCGUGCCCGGCGCAGAGCCUCGGAGCCCGCAGCGGGCACGGCGCCCGAAAUGACGGACGACAUGACUGGGGCCGAUGGCGACAACAACACGGCCGUGGAGGACGCCGACGAGGAGGCGCCACUCCUGGCGCGGCAGCACCACCAGCGCCGCCGCAGCUCCAGCAUGGGCCUGCCCGGUUCGCACCGGCGCAACUCGACGCUGCGGCGCGACGUCUCCAACCUCGACCCGCUCGCCCGCAUCAUCACGGGAGAGGACGAGACGCCGGACCGGAGCCCGUGGCUGCACAAUGCGCUCAGCCUGCUGACCGUCUACGCUGUCGGUACCGCCGGCUUCUUUCUUUCUUACCACAUGGGCGCCUGGAACCAGCCCGCGGCCGGCGACGGCGCGCCCAAGCUGUCCGAGGGGGAUGCGGACGCCGUCAUGGCUUUUGGAAUGGUCAUGGGCUAUGUGAGCGCCGUCUUGUACCUGUGCGCGCGCAUCCCGCAGAUCUGGAAGAACUACCAGGAAAAGUCGUGCGAAGGACUCGCCCUGCUGUUUUUCCUCCUGUCCUUGACUGGCAAUUUCACCUACGGCGUGAGCCUGAUCGCCUAUUCCCAAGACCGGGACUAUCUGAUCAGGACGAUCCCCUGGCUGUUCGGGUCCGUGGGGACCAUUGUCGAGGACUGCGUCAUAUUUGUGCAGUUCCGUAUUUAUGACGCACCCCGACAGCAAUCCAAGGCUUCUGCUACUGGGCCUUGA